AUGUCUGCACGUACAUCUACCAUCUUCGUCACCGGCGCAACAGGCUGUCAAGGUGGCGCCGUAGCGCGUCUCCUCCUGUCCUCCGGCCACACAGUCCACGCCAUAACACGAAGUCCCUCCUCCCCAUUAUCCCUUCGACUACAAUCUCUCGGCGCAAAGCUCUUCACCGGCUCUCUCGACGACGAAUCCGCCCUCGUGGCAGGCAUGCAACGCUGUACAGGCCUCUUCCUCGUCGUGCCACCGGCGCCCCACGAAACAACAAUCAAAUACACAAACACCAUACUCUCCGCCGCAAGAUCAGUCGAGACAAUAACUCACGUGGUAGUAUCAACGACCCUGGGCACCGACAGACCCGAACGGAUGGCAGCCUGGAACCCCGAAGGAGGGAUGCUAGCAAUGGUAAUCAAACCCAAGAUCGCAAUGGAGGAGCUCGUUCGCGCCGCAGAAUUCAAAAACUACACUAUUCUGCGACCGGGGAACUUCAUGGCCAACUUUAUCGCGCCCAAAAUCUCAGUCGUCAAUCCUGAUCUUGAAAAGACGGGCGUUUUUCGGACGUCGUAUACACGCGAAACACGGAUACCGAUGAUCGAUGAAGCAGAUACCGCAAAAUUCACUGUUGCAGCCUUCGUUGACCCGGAGCGGUUCCAUGGGAAGGCUAUCGCACUUGCAUCGCAGCUAUGCACAGUGGAUGAAUUAGUGACCUGUUUGAGCCGAGUAUCUGGCAAGCAGAUAAAGGCGCAGUACCUGUCAGAUGCAGAAAUCAAGGAGGAAGCGAGCAAAAACUCGCCUGCGUCGUGGCACAGAUUCUUGAGCGAUAUGGAUAGAUUAGUGGACAUGGAUGAGGUCAAGGCAUGGGGGAUCGAAUUGAAUACAUUCGGGCAGUUUUUAGAGAGGCAGAGUGAGAUUGUCAGGGAUACGUUCAGUCAGGUGGCAUAA